UCCACCUUCCCUCCCACUCCACUGGGCCGCGAGGAAGUCGCAAGAUGGCUGAUGUCGCUUGGAAGUAAUGUUCCCCUCUACAACAUGAAGCCGUGAGUGUGGACGAAAGCGAGGGAGGCACCAUCGGGCUUUUAUUUUUAUUUUCUUUUAGUUACUUUUAUUUUAUUUCUUCAAACAUCCAUCUCAUUCCGCGUCGUGUCCACCCCGGACUUGUCUUCGGGAGUUGACGCGUCAAAAUCACGUCGGGGACCCUGCCAGCAGCUAACGGCUAGCCACACCGUUAGCAAAUAUCAGCAGAGCUCGUCAGUCAGUCAGUCAGGCACACAGCUAGCUAGUUAGUUCGUUGUUUUUAAUACAGUCUGUCGCCGACGAGCCAUUGAGCUACAACAGCUUGCUUGCUGACAUUUAGCCCGAGGUGUAAAUGCGGAAUAAAUUUGCACAUAUUUAAUCUACAACUACUUAAGAAGCUGCUUGGUUUAACAUCAUGUCGGCAAAGUGGCCAUCCAGCCUGUGGGUUGCUAACUAAUGCGCAGUAUCGAUACAGUUCCAUGUGCACAAACCAGCGGGAUCAUUAUUUUGCUGACAUUUUACAGUAGUAUCCACCAAACAGCUGCAUUCCCGCGACCUGUUGUCAAUUACAUUUCGGAAGCUAGUUAUGUUAAAUCCAAAUUAUGGGAGCAGGAAAUCUGUUGAACUUUUUUUUGGCUGUAGUUAGCUGCACUGGCCUUGUUGGCAUCUCACCAAAAAUCCACAGGGAUGGACACUAAGCAGAGCAGCUACGACCAAAACUAAAUAAAUUGGCUUUUUUCUUAAUUAUCCGAGAACACGCGUCGUUAGCUGACAGGGUUGCACAUCAGUGCGCGGCGACUCAUUUCAGCAGUUUGAGAGGCGGAUAAGUAGUUCAGCAGGGUUAACUAAAGUACAGUUAGUCUACACCGAGACCAGUUAGCUUGCCGUAAGUGCACAGCUAGCUGCAGUCUCGCCCCACAUCACAUUACAAACACGGCGUACAGAACGUAUUCAGAGCCCGCUCCCGGCCAGACGCACCGGCUCAACAACACCGUCAUGGGAGUGCAGGGUUUUCAAGAGUAUUUAGAGAAGCGGUGUCCCGGGGCCACUGUCCCGGUGGACCUUCUGAAGCUCGCCCGUACCGCGGCCCGUCAGCCCCCUCAUCACCACCAUCCACACCACCACCCACAUCACCCCGGGCCCAUGCCUCCCCCGCCCCCGCCAGCCAGGAUCCUCAUCGAUGCUGACUCCGGCCUGCAGCGCCUCUACGGCGGUUAUCAGACGGACUGGGUGUGCGGGGGCGAGUGGAACGCCAUGCUUGGUUACCUGGCCGCCCUGUCACAGGCCUGCCUGUAUCAGGGUGGCCUGGAGCUGGUCGUGGUUUUCAACGGCACAUUGGGAAAGGAGCGCUGGCCAGAGUGGGCGCGGCGAGCUCAGGGCCAGCGACAGACGGCGCAGCUGAUAGUCAACCACGUCGGCAGCAAGGCCACCCCGCCUCCCCGAGCAUGGUUCCUGCCCCCGGCUUGCCUCAGUCACUGCGUCCGCCUCGCCAUGUUCCGCUUCCGAGUGCGGGUUGUACAGACAUUGGAGGACCACCACCAGGAAGUGCUGUCUCUUUACAGAGACUAUGGUUUUGCUGGUCUGAUUGCUCAGGAUUCUGAGUUUGCCCUCUGCAACGUACCCGCCUACUUCUCCUCACACGCGCUCAAACUGAGCUGGAAUGGCAAGAACUUGCCCACACACCAAUAUCUGCUGUCUGAAGCCGCCAGGCAGCUCGGGCUAAAGACACAGCAUCUACCCUGCUUUGCUGCUCUGCUUGGAAAUCAUAUUCUGCCUGAUGAGGACCUGGCUGCCUUCCACUGGAGUCUGCUGGGACCAGAACACCCACUAGCUUCUCUCAAGGUGCGAGCUCAUCAGUUGGUGCUCCCGCCCUGUGAGGUGGUGAUCAAGGCUGUCUCUGAGUACGUCUCCUCCAUCAAAGACCUGGGAAACCUCGACGCCAUUGCCAGAGAUGUUUUCAAACAGUCACAGUCUCGUAUGGAGGACAAGGUGGAGCGGUUCAAGAAAGCUGUGGAAUAUUUUUCCGCUGCCCCCAAACCACGUUCACCCAGCAUGGGCCCCUCCUCCUUCAUCUUACCUGGGUUUGGACCCAAUCCAUUUGGGGGACCACCCGGCCACAUGGGGAUGCCGCCUGGAAAGAAUCAGUUCCCUCCCCCCCAGGUUCCAGGGUUAAAACCACCCUAUCAAAAUGCUCCAUAUGGACCUGGCCCUGCCCCUCUGUUCCAGAAUCCCCCGCCACCAUCUCAAGACUGCAAUGACACGCUGACGGGCAAGAUGGGCUUCACAGACUGGUCAGCUCCAUAUGAUUCCACACAGGGGGGUAGUCGGUUACCCAAUCAUCACACCGGCGGUCAGUCUGGUCCCUCUCCGUCGCCCUCCUCGUCAUCAGAUGGAGAUGAACCCAAUGACAGCAACGCAAAGUAAGAACUUUGCCAUCAUUACAUCACUUUAUCAUAUGUGGACUCAAACAACAAAAUAUAGACAGAUGUUGGUGCCUGUUGAUAAUAAUAUUAUUAUAAUAUUUAUUAUUAGUUAAUGAAAAUACUUUUCAUGCACUGCUGCUCUAAGCAGUUCCACAGUUCCAACGGAUACUGCUAGCUACAGAAAAGGCUGUAAUGGUCUCGUCCUUGGCUGCUCUCCACAGUUCUAAGUUCUUAAUCACAGUUCAAAGUAUUCUAUCUGCAGUUCUUCAUCACAGUUUUUCAUUCUUAUUCCUCAAUUCUUCAAGAUUCAUCCUCCAUGGUCCCAGUGGGUGUGAGUGGACAACCUGAUGAAGUGGCCACAUAUAAUGUAUUAGGAUAUGUUUAAUUGUUUAGUGCACUUGUUCUGGCUGGAUGGUUGAAUUGAAUAAAAGAAGGCAAUAUUAACCUGUUUUAAUUUCACAACUAUGUCAGCUGUUGCUUGGGACACCAACUCAUAAUCAUAAUUACUGGCUGCUGAUCUUUUAUAGGCUUAUAUUUGCUUCAAAUAAUUGAAGCAAACAUGCAUAGGGAUGCCUUGGUGGUUUUCAGUAACAGUGUGGUUCCUUGGAGAAAGAAACAAUUUUGUAUGGCUCUUUACACCCUCAUUCUCGUCUUGUUUCCGGCCGAUGAUCAAAACACUUCUGGUUCCAUUAAAGCCUUUUGCUUAAACCAGCUGUUGUAGCAACUCCUGACUGCACACAUGACACCUGUUUUUCUAGAAGCAACUUGAAGUCUUGCACAAAAAUAAUGGAGUAUGUCUACUUUUUUCUGCUGAAAAAUGUCUGCAAAAUCAACAUUUCCCACAAUGCACUGCACUGCACCAUCACUACUAAUUUUAUUUUUGUCAACAAGCUUACUGUGUGAAGUAGCCCAGAUACAGCUGACAGUUUUAAGGAUUAGCUCCUGAAGAGAUGGAAAAAGCACCAGAGCAAAUUGUCUGUAGGGGAUACCCAUGAUUUCAGUUUUUGCCUCUUCGUGUGUUUUGUUGACCCUUGGGUUUUCCAAUGUGGGAUGUAAAAGUCAGAACUGGGACACCUUGGACUCAUUAAGUUUACAUUUCUGGGAGAAUUUUAAUCAUGCUGCCAUAGCAUUUAUUUUUACCUAACCGCUAUGACAAAAGGUUUGACCCAUUUGCAAAAAAUGCUUUUGAGGAAAAGCUUUUUAUGCAGAAACUGCAUUAGUAGACAUGA